GAGGGCCUCGGUCUUCGCUGCCGCCGUUCCACCCGUGAAGAAGCCCUCCUCCUCGUCGAAGAUCAUCCAAAACGCCAUCGGCGGCACCGUGGGCGGCGUGCUGGCGGAGGCCAUCCUGUUCCCGGUGGACACCAUUAAGCUCCAGGUGCAGACGACCCCCUUCGGAGAGCCCAGCGGCUUCGUCACCACCGCUCUGCGCAUCGUCCGCAGGGACGGCCUGCGCGGCUUCUACCACGGCCUGGGAGGCUCCCUGUUCAAAGAGACCAUCCACAGCGCCAACUUCUGGCUUUUCCACGGGAUCCUCUUCAGGCUGUGCACGAGCUUUGAGGACUCGACCAGGACUCCCCCGAUGGCCAGGCUGCUGCUGAACCUGUUCGCGAAGCAG